AACGUCAUAAAUGUUUAAUCACUUUAUCAAUUACCUUCCCGUGAAUUAUUGCUAAACAAACCGAGCUAAGACCAAAUAUGAACUCCGAACUUCAAGAAGCCUUUUCCAAAUUAACCGAAAACGAUUUGGAAGUCUUUGAAGAAGGUCUCAGACUGCUCACCAAAAUCGCCGAAAACAUUCUAAAAAACCCACAUAAUUUGAAACUUCGCUCGUUGAAAAAAUCCAACGCCACCAUUUCCGAAAAAAUUCUAGCCAUUAAAGGAGGAAUAGAAUGUUUAAAAGCCAUGGGUUUCCAAGAGAAAGAUACAGUGUUCGAAAUGGAUGUAGAUAAUCCACUGAAACUCUUAGAAGAAUUCAUAAAGGCCUCCGAGCUAUGGAGAACUAAUAAAAGUACCUCAGCAAAGGUAAAUAAUCAUGUUAAGAUUUCGCAUCCAGACCAUCCAAGUUCUUCGCAAAUAGCCAAUACAUCGACUAGUAACAAGGAGGUGAUUAAAAGAGUAAUUCUACCACCUUUAACACUGACGUAUACGAAUCCGUUUCUAAUGUCUCUAGAGAGGAACUCCCACAGUGCCUUGCAAUAUGAAGACAAACAUCUCCAGGACCGAGCGAAGAAGCUCAUUCCUGUUGCAAUUAUGGAAGAAAACGCCCAACGAAGGUUGCGACUCAUUCAAACGCACAUCAAAAAAAGCAAACUAGACGACCCCGAGAUAUCCAUCCAAGACAUGCUCAUCCUGGAACUCCUCCGCUGGUUCAAACAGGACUUUUUCACGUGGGUGGACAGCCCGCCUUGCGAAUCUUGCGGCGACCCCACCGAGUUCUCGCACAUGAGCAACGAUCGCAAGCUAAUGCAGUACACCGAUCGCGUGGAGUUGCAUAGAUGCAAGGAGUGCAAGAAAUUCACGCCGUUCCCGCGCUACAACGACGUCAAUAUCCUAUUGGAGACUCGCCGGGGACGAUGCGGAGAAUGGGCAAAUGCUUUUACGCUUUGUUGUCGAGCCAUGGGAUGGGAUAGCAGAUAUGUGAUCGAUCAAGGGGAUCACGUGUGGACCGAAGUUUAUUCGAUAACCCAACGACGUUGGUUGCAUUGCGAUCCGUGCGAAAACAUCUGCGAUACUCCGUUGGUGUACGAAACGGGAUGGAACAAGAAGAUCUCUUACGUUGUAGCCUAUUCAGGCGAGGAUAUUCAAGAUGUUACUUGGAGGUACACCGGCAAACACAAGGAGGUGCUCAAAAGGAGAACCGCUUGCUCGGAGAAGGAAUUUUUGGACGCGCUCCUUCACAUCAGAAACAAACUACAGAAGAACCUGUCUGCAUCGCGAAGGAAGUAUCUAAUGAGAAGGAACCUGAUGGAGUUGGUGGAAUUCCUAACGGAAAAGACGGCUAAAUCCGAGGAUCGUAAAGGGAGAACGUCGGGGGAGGAGAUGUGGCGAAUAGCCCGCGGUGAAACCGACGAGAAUGGAGUUCAAUCGCAACACGUAUGGAAAAUAAAUCCCGAAGAUUUCGUCGAUAAUUCCGUAAUUAUUCGAUAUUCGGCCGCGUUAAAUAAAUACGAAUAUAUUUCAGGCGGCAGAACGAUACAGGUGUUGAACGGAUGGCAAAACGGAAUUUUCGAGUCGGAUAAAAUUUUCAGGAAGGAAGAAAUCGAUUGGAAAAUGGUGUAUUUAGCGCGAAAUGAGGGUGUUGAAAAGGGUUCCAUAUCGUGGAAGUUUGAUUUGGCUGAUUGUAAAAGAACAUUACAAAACGUCACUGUGCAGAUCGUGCAACAAACCUACGAAACCGGCAACGUCGGCUUGAAAUUGUGCUCCAGUAAUAAUUGCAUAAUACUGCCCAAAGAUACCGAGGCGUUUAGUAUGAACGAUUUUGCCGGUGCUAGCGAAUUGAUUUUAACCGCCACAUUGUCGGGCGGUAAAGGGGACACAGCCUGGCAACACGCUCAAUUAUUUCGGCAAUCUUCGGAGGAUUCGGAUUUCAAUUUUUGCGUGACGUUGACGUUCGAGCAAUGAGGACAUUUAAAUUUGUGUAGAAUAAGUUUUAAAUGUAAUUGCUUUAAAUAUAUUUUGAAUAUAUAAUUGUAUGAAUUGAGAGAUAAUAGAGUCAUUGAAUUGAUGUUUUGACAUUUCAACAA